ACUCUCCCUACCUACCCCUAUACCUCCCUCCCACCACCCCCCCUUCUCCCUACUCGUACCCUGUGGACUCCCUACUCCCGUCAUUCAUCACGUACAUUUUAUUCAUCUUUAAGUUUACUUUUUUUCUACUUAUUCAUCUCCCAGCAUCCUUACCUAAGUCAUAUUCAUCUCCCAUUUUCUUUCACUCAUCUGACCUACUUAUCUCCCAGCCUACCUUCUCAUCCGGCCUAUUCAUCCACAGCCUAUUCCAUUUUUAUUUUUUUCCUUCCUGCAGGCUAGUUUACCCCCAGCCUACUUAAUCCAGGCCUGCUUUUUCCUUUUCCUUCAAUCCCGUCUCGCUCCCCCAGCCUCCUUCGGUCCCUGCCUUCUCGUUGACUUCACCUAUUCGUUCACUGCCUACUUACACUGCAGCCUCCGCCUCUCCACAAUCCCCGCCUCUCUUUGCCUCGCCUCGCCUCGCCUCGCCUCGCCUUACCUCCCCGUCCGUCACUUCAGUUCACCCCUAACCAUUCCAUCAGCCACUCAGCCAUCACCACAACUGCCUCGCGACCUUUCCUGCCACUCAGUAAGCCUUCCUCACAGCCAGCAAGCCGCCAAGCCAGUACGCCAGCAAGCCAGCAAGCCAGCAAGCCACCACGCCCGCCAAACACCUCGUCAUCACGUUUAUCAAGAAAUUUGGUUCUCUGUCACAUUAAGACCAGUUCCAAGCCAGUUUACAGUCAAGCCACUCAAGCCUAAGCCAGUCAAGCCGCCUCAGAAGCUAGUCACUCAGUCUCUCCUUCCUGGUCGUUCAGUCAACACGCUCACUCGGCUGCGGCUCAGCUUAUCUCUUCCGCCGCGUGACCCCAGGAUGGACCCCGGCGAGGACUGACCCCGGGAAGCCCUUCAGCGCGACCAGAGACACACCGCCUCGCAGACACCAAUAUCCACCACCACCACCACCACACCUCGGAGAUGUAGCGGCAGCAUUGUGUUGCGCCUCGCCCAGCUCUCAGCCCCCAGCCAGGCGGAAAGACCCCACCAAGACAUCAAUAGCAGUCUACCCACAAGGAGGCCACGUGGACCGCUUAACAAGGCUGCUCCUCGUCCUCAUCCUGUCCUGCUGCAACACAAAGACCACUCACGCCACCAAAGGGACCCGGACAAGACCCGCGGACCACAGGGACCCCCGAGGCCAUGGCGCACCCGGCGGUAGCGUGUCGGGGAAAAUCUAACAAGGGAAAAAAUUAACACGAGGCUCUGUUAUCUUCUCUUCCUUUCCGCGGCGGUAUGUGGGCGUGGUUGUGGGCGGCGGCGAGCGUGUGGGCGUGGGUGGAGGCUACCACGCCCACCACGCCUUCCAGAAGCAGCAAUGUAGUGGCCGAGGUGCCUGGCCUGGAUGUGGGUCCCCUGGUAGCAGUAAGCGUGAGCAGAGGCGAUACAGCAACACUCCCCUGUCAGUACCCGCCGCACCCUGACGACACUGCCAAUUUAGUGCUGUGGUACCUCAAUAACACCUCACGUCCCUUCCUCAGCUUUGACGCUCGAUCGGAACAUACUGACGGCGGAGGCAACAGCGCCGUCAGCAGAAGAAGCAGGCGCGCCGUCACCCACCAGGCUUCCAACCAUGUCAGGAGGAGGAAAAGCAGAUCCGUUAGCAGAAGCAGGUGGAGUAGAAGCGUCAGCAGGGAACUUGAGGGUCCCUUCAGCAGGUAUUUUAAGGUCACAGAGCAGCACAUCAGCAGGCACAGGAGGGAGGCAGUCAGCAAGUGUAAAAUGCAAAUGGGCAGCAGGUGUCGAGGGAGGCGCAGCAGGGGGAGGCGACAGACACCCAGACGGAACAGACGGAAAAGCAGAAGUAUCAGCAGAUCUCGGAAUACAUUCAUAUGGGACCGACAAUCACCACCACCACCACCGCCACCACCGAGCAGAAACAGAUGGAGCAGAGCAGCAGUCAGUAAGCAGAACACACCGAGAAAGCCACCCAGCGCUAACAGAGACACGAACGUUAUCAGCGGUAGUGAGGAGAAGCAGAGGAGUGGCGGCAGCAGAGGCGAGGGGGGCGGUAGCGAGCAGGAAGGGGGAGUGAACAAGGAGGACCUGAAGAGCGGUCGAGUGCGGCUGGAGCGAGGCGGGUCAGCGCUGGUGGUGGAGAAAGUAACGCUGGAGGACACGGCGGAGUACAGGUGUCGUGUCCAUUACCGCCUCUCGCAGACAUGGACACAGAGGCUACUGCUGAGCGUGCAAGAAACAGUGACUGGCUUGGAGAUCGUGGACUCUACCGAACGUUCAGUGCAGGCAGGGGCAGCCUUGGGACCCUUCAAGGAGGGAUCCCAUCUUAGGCUUUCCUGCAGGGCGCGUCACGGAGGAGCCAAAGUGGAGUCGCUGGUGUGGCUGAUUGACGGAGUGGCUGUGGAGUCAUCCUGGGCAGUGAGCGGAGUGGGAACAGUACACAAUGUUCUUGAAAUAGGGGCACUUUCUUCCCACCACCAUCAGGCCCGCCUCACCUGCCGCCUCACCACCCACGCCAAUACUCAGGUGGCUGCCAACAUCACCGACCUGUCCGUCACCAUCACAAUGUACCAUGUGCCCGAAACGAGAAUCACCGUGGAUGGAGGGCAGGGCGUGGGCAGCGAGGCAGGUCAUAUGGCUACCGAGGGGAGUGACCUGACCUUCUUGUGCUCCGUGACGGCCCAUCCCCCAGCCUAUAACGUGACCUGGCUUCACAAUGGUAGAGUGGUGGGGGAAGGAGGGCGGCGCUGGAGGAAGGACGAAAGAAGACUACAGGUGUCCCCAAUCAGAAGGGAGGACGCGGGGCUGUACACCUGUCUUGCCUCCAACAGUGAGGGAGACGGUCACUCCAACGCCCUCCAGCUCAGAGUGGCGCAUCCCCCUCAGCCAAUACGUGACUGUAACGUGACAAUCAUCGGAGUCACGCGGCUGGAGGUGAAGUGUCACGACCUGGCGCUGAGGGAACGUGACCCUGACCACCUGCAGCAGAUCAACCUUGACCCUGACCUCAGCUUCGUCAGGUCGCCAGAGGUCAAACCGAGUGCUAAUCUUGAGGUGUGGUCGGGAGGGACGCUAGUGGCCAACGUGAGCAGCCCACGGCCAGAGCUGAGUGUGGGCCACCUCUCCCCGAACACCCCCUACCGUCUGCUGCUGUACGCUGUCACCCCCGACGCCCGCUCCACGCCCCUGCUCCUCCACGCCCGCACCCCGCGCCGCCCUCCCACCCACGUUACUGAGACCCCAAGAGCGCCACCUGACCCCGGCUUGUCACCCCAACACGAACUGGAGCAGGAGGGGGAGGGGGCGAUAUGGGAGAGCCUGGGUGGGUCUGUAGGGGGCGUGGUGGGUGGACUCCUGGGGGGGAUGGGAAUAGUGAUGCUGCUGCUGACUAUAGUGGUGGUGAUGGUGAGGCAGCGAAGACACCGGCGCUCUGAGGGUGGUGAUAGUGAUGGAAGGGGUAUGGGAACGGAUGCCUGCACUCUAGACGCCCCCUCCCGCUCCCUCAAGCACGGCCCCCACUCCGCCAGCCACUCCAGCCUCAAUGUGGACGCCAGAGACCCCAGAGACUCAGUAUACUGCAUGAGGACGGGGGAGGGACGACCGGCGGACCCAUGGCAGGAAACUUCGCUAACUCCUCUCGUGGCGCUCUCUACUCCCCUCACCCCGCCACCAGGACACCAGGUGUCGCCGGGCCCACCGCAGGACACACUGCCGGGUGACGUCAAGUGAGGCUGUGACGUCCCUGCCCUGCUGACGUCAAGGGCAUUAUGACAUCACGCCUGAGUCCCCAAGAGUCGCCUGUUGGACCUCCUCGCCUCCACACUCGCGGAACAUCAACACCUGCUGCUUCAGACUUCCCUGUGAGACGGCUGAGUUUUUGUUUAUUUUUUUGAUAACUCACUCCUGAGCCUCUGUGAAGUGUUGACUCUUUGAACCUUUUAUUGACUCGUGUACAGACCCUCCUCUACCAUCCUCCUCCUCGUCCUUCCAAUCUCCCUCUGAACCUUCGUGAGCUUUCAACAAACCUGUGAGCAUCUCUCGAUAUCUUUGAAAGAAAGUUUAUAAUAAACCUCAUGUGGUGUUAUGUAAUUAUAUACAUAUAUAUAUAUAAACACACAUUAUUAUUUUUAUUGUUUUGUAAUAAAAAGUUCUUUACAUA